AUGGCGAAGCAUCCAGAGGGGGAAGUGUUUUGUUUCUCUCCAGCUGCCUUUUGGGGUGAUAUCGCUUUAGAUGAAGAUGAUUUGAAGCUGUUUCAAAUAGACAGAACUGUUGACUUAACAAAGCACUCAGCUGGCAACGCAAGACACACCUCAGGAGGCCUGGGAGAACAGUCUUUUGAGCCAAGCGAGAACACCACCUCAACCGAUAGUAAAAGAGCAGUUAAAACGGACGGCAAGCAGAACACAACACUUGUGAGGAGCCUGAAGAAGAAGGAACGUAAAGAUGAGUCUGGGAUGGAUGCACGCUCCUCUCCCAGAGUGCGCAGGGCAACCACAUCCAGAGCUGAGAGGAUCUGGCCAGGGGGAGUCAUCCCCUACGUGAUCGGAGGAAAUUUUACUGGAACCCAAAGAGCUAUAUUUAAGCAAGCUAUGAGACACUGGGAGAAGCACACUUGUGUAACGUUUGUGGAGAGAACUGAUGAAGAGAGUUUCAUUGUGUUCACAUACAGAACGUGUGGAUGCUGUUCAUAUGUGGGUCGCCGAGGAGGGGGCCCUCAGGCCAUAUCCAUUGGAAAGAACUGUGACAAGUUUGGUAUUGUGGCUCAUGAGCUAGGUCAUGUGGUGGGUUUCUGGCAUGAGCACACACGGCCAGACAGAGACCAGCAUGUCACAAUCAUCAGAGAGAAUAUACAACAAGGUCAGGAGUACAACUUUUUAAAGAUGGAAGCUGGGGAAGUGAACUCACUUGGAGAGACCUAUGACUUUGACAGCAUCAUGCACUAUGCUAGAAACACAUUCUCCAGAGGGGUUUUCCUCGACACCAUCCUUCCCCGUCGUGAUGAUAAUGGAGUCCGGCCAACUAUUGGUCAGCGUGUUCGCCUGAGUCAGGGAGACAUUGCUCAGGCAAGGAAGUUGUACAAGUGCCCAGCUUGUGGAGAAACCCUGCAGGACAGCACAGGGAAUUUCUCAGCCCCUGGCUUUCCAAGUGGCUAUCCCUCGUAUUCCCACUGUGUCUGGAGAAUCUCGGUGACCCCAGGAGAGAAGAUCAUGUUGAAUUUCACAUCAAUGGAUCUAUUUAAAAGCCGGCUUUGUUGGUAUGAUUAUGUGGAGGUGCGUGAUGGCUACUGGAGGAAGGCUCCCUUACUAGGUAGAUUUUGUGGUGACAAGAUCCCUGAACCAGUAAUCUCCACGGACAGCAGGCUGUGGAUCGAAUUCCGGAGCAGCAGUAACAUCCUGGGCAAAGGCUUCUUUGUGGUCUAUGAAGCUAUUUGUGGUGGAGAAAUUCGCAAAGAUGCUGGCCAGAUCCAGUCUCCUAAUUAUCCAGAUGACUACAGACCUUCCAAAGAAUGCAUCUGGAAGAUCACAGUUUCUGAGGGCUAUCACAUAGGAAUCUCAUUCCAAGCAUUUGAGAUUGAGUGGCAUGAUGCAUGUUCUUAUGACUACCUGGAGAUCCGAGAUGGCCUCACAGAAAACAGCCCACUGAUUGGACAGUUCUGUGGCUACGAGAAGCCAGAAGAUAUUAAAUCCAGUUCCAAUAAAAUAUGGAUGAAGUUUGCAUCUGAUGCAACCAUUAGUAAAGCAGGCUUUGCAGCAAAUUUCUUCAAAGAAAUGGAUGAAUGUUCUCAGCCAGACAAUGGUGGAUGUGAGCAACACUGUGAGAACACACUGGGCAGCUACAAAUGCACCUGUGAGCCUGGCUAUGAGUUGACAGCUGAUAAAAAGAGCUGUGAAGCUGCCUGUGGGGGCUUCAUCACCAAGCUCAAUGGGACCAUUACUAGCCCUGGAUGGCCAAAGGAAUAUCCUACUAACAAAAACUGCAUCUGGCAGGUGGUAGCUCCAGCCCAGUACCGGAUCUCUCUGCAGUUUGAAGUGUUUGAUCUAGAAGGCAAUGAUGUCUGUAAAUACGACUUUGUUGAGGUUCGUAGUGGGUUGGCUACUGACUCCAAGCUGCAUGGCAAAUUCUGUGGCUCAGAGAAACCCGAAGUAAUCACAUCAUAUGGCAACAACAUGAGACUGGAGUUCAAAUCAGACAACACAGUAUCUAAGAAAGGAUUCAAAAUCCACUUCUUCUCUGACAAGGAUGAAUGUUCCAAAGACAAUGGUGGCUGCCAGCAUGAAUGUAUCAACACCUUUGGGAGCUACGUAUGCCAGUGCAGAAAUGGCUUCAAGCUGCAUGAAAAUAACCAUGACUGUAAAGAAGCUGGUUGUGAGCAUAAACUGAGCAGUGCAGAGGGAAUGAUGAGCAGCCCGAACUGGCCUGACAAGUACCCUAGCCGGAAAGAGUGCACCUGGAAUAUUUCUGCAACAUCUGGCCACCGAGUGAAAGUAACUUUUAAUGAGUUUGAGAUUGAACAGCACCAAGAAUGUGCCUAUGAUCACUUGGAAAUGUAUGAUGGGCCCAACAGCAAGUCACCUAUACUUGGCCGCUUCUGUGGCAGCAAGAAACCAGACCCUGUGGUAGCUUCUACCAACAAGAUGUUCCUUAGGUUUUACUCUGAUGCUUCUGUGCAAAGGAAAGGUUUUCAGGCAAAACAUAGCACAGUGUGUGGUGGGCUCUUAAAGGCUGAAGUACAAACUAAGGAGCUGUAUUCCCAUGCUCAGUUUGGGGACAACAACUACCCAGGUCAAGCCAACUGCGACUGGGUGAUUGUAGCAGAAGAUGGUUAUGGGGUGGAGCUGAUAUUCCAGACAUUUGAGAUCGAGGAGGAGGCUGACUGUGGAUACGACUACAUGGAGAUCUACGACGGUUACGACAGCACUGCACCCCGCCUCGGACGCUUCUGUGGCUCUGGGCCUCUGGAAGAAAUCUACUCUGCAGGAGAUUCCAUCAUGAUUCGUUUCCACACAGACGACACCAUUAACAAGAAAGGGUUUCACGCCCGAUACAUAAGUACCAAAUUUCAGGAUGCAUUGCAUAUGAGAAAAUAAUCUGACUGCUCCUCACAGAUGUUCCUUACCUGAAGAUCGAGAUGUUUAGCUGUGAUUUUUGACUUUUUUAAGCCUCUGUGCAUCUGGCCAAAAGCAGUGUACAGUAUUUUCUGUAACUAAAACUAAAUCCAGUCACAAGGGUUUGCCUCUGAAAUGAUUAGUGUGACUCUCUCUUGUUAACAUACCUAGGACCAAAAAUUGUCUUCUAAUCAUACCUGUCAGGGCAUAAAUGUUGUGUUUUGCAUAGCUUCCUGUACGGUUGAAUGAAGACUGAGCUUAAACUGAGGAAGGUCUUACUCUAUUGAAUACCCUGUCUCUAGAUUAUAUUUCCUAAGCAUCCUGUAUGAGCUGUCUGAAUGCAUUUUCUGAAGCAGAUGAUGUGGGCAGCCACCCAGUAGGGUUUUCUCAGCGGACAUUAUGGACUGUCUACUCUCCUCUGCUAGCCCACGUUACUCAGUGCAAUAUGAGAACAACUACGCAGCUGGGACUCCAGAUUCCAUGACUCCUUCCGUCCCACCUAUUUAGUGUCUUGGUUUUUGUGAUUUGAGAAGUAGUUGGGGGCAUGGGAAUGAUCUCCUUAGUUAGCUGCUAUCUACUUGGACCACAGUGAACAAGUAGUGAUCAGUGCCUGAUCUGCAGUAAUUAUCACACUACACAUUGAGUGGAAGUACUUUGACGCAGUGGCCAAGGGAAAGCUUGUGUCUGACAGGGAUGUGUUUUGAUAGGAGGCAGAGCAUGAAUGUAUAAUGGUGGCAGAACUUUGCAGGUGGAACACUUACAGUCUGCUCCAGUUACACUGUCAGGCAAGGCAGCUCAGAGGGCUAUAGCAGCAGUCUGGGCUUCAUCUUUAAUAAGAAGUCUCUCCCAACUCUACCCAUGUUUGCUUUCUCGGUCAUUUUAUGAUUUUUCCUUUCCAUGUUUCCAUUGCUCUUGAGUACCACAUCUUUGUGAGCCUUUCAUUUUCAUAACUAUCUAUGAUGCUCUCCCCAGAACUCCCCACCGCUACCUAGGGGUGCUCUUACAGCAUCAGCUAGCUGGAGCAUCUCACAGAAGGACGCACCGAUGGUCAGAAUACCUUAGCAGAUUUUUGUGGUUGUUCCUGAGACAAAGAACAGAAGCUGUGCUACAGGUCAGCUCUGGUGAGCUCUGGGAACCUGUCAAACAAAUGCAUGCCCCAGGCAUAGGACAAGGAAUGGGAGAGUUCUGCUGGUUUGUGUUCCUUCAUUCUUUGCUGGCCCAUGAUGCAGUCUAUUAGCUUCAUAGAAGUUCUAUAACCCUGCUGUGCAUACGGGAUGUUGACUUAAGCACCUUGAGCUAUAAGGCUGAGAGCUGCUCUGCGUUGCAGUUAUUUAUGCACAUGGAAGCUAUUGAACCAUUGCAGAAUUAACAGAUAGCUUGGCACUUAUUUGAGGGAAAGUAGGGAAAACUGCGCCUUGUGGGAGAAGUACUGUAAUUGAGCUACUGAUAAGGGAGGGGAAUAAAAGAAGAAGAAAAUCAUUCAGAACUAGAUCAUGUCAUUAUGGCACUCAUGGGCAGUAAUGAGCUAGAAGGUGAGGUACAUUAGCUUUAAUAAAGUAUUUAUAAUCCAAGGAUUACUAUGUUUACAUAACCAGUGUACUGUCAGGCUCUGGGGUGACACCUGCUCGUUGAGUGCAUGACUGUGGAGAAAUGUUGGGUCAGCAACACUGUCAGGCACAAAUGACUUUUCUGGAGAUGAGGCCAUUUCCAGGUGGAUAAUAAACAGACUCAGCCUUCUCCAGAAGUCCUUGAACAGAAUAUGGUCCAAGUAUUGUGAAUACUGGAAGAAGCAAAUGCAUGAAAAUAUUUUCUUGCUUAGAACAAGAAAAAUAAAAUAAUUUAUAAACGCUAUUAUAUGUAUAUAAAAUGUGCAUGUAAAAGACCAGUAGUCAAAGCCUUAAUAAGUGUCAUGUGAACAAUACUGUGCCAUGAACUAUAGCUUUAUUGCAGGCUGUAUAAAACAAUGUUAUUUCUGUUUGUUUUUCUAGCUCCGUUCUUUCUUCUCUUUCUAAUUUUUGAGGCCUUUUUACAGGCAAGGCCUUUAAUUUCAAGCUGUUUGACCAUACAGGUCUGAGGAAGUGAGGUCUGUUAGCUGUGGUCUGCUUUUUUUCCUUCUCUUUCCUUCUCUUCCUUGAUCCCAUUCAAGCGAAAUUGCAGUGGCUCAAGUCUGGAAAUAAAAGCUUGACACUGAUCCCUGCGAAGUAGAAGGAAAGUAAUAGGUGGCAAGCAGCAGUUCAGAUUUCCUGGCUCUCUAAUGGGAGAGAAGUUACUAUAGAAGCUUCCUGUGUACUUUACCAUCUGUGCUCUAUGUUCUGAUAAUUUCUUAUGUUCCUCAGACUUUGUAUUUGGUGUUCUGGUUUGUUGCAGAUGCUUGCAAUGUGGUUUGAUGGAUCUACUGCAUUUGUUAGCAUUCAAGCAGGUGUCUUUUGUGACAGUGUACUCACAACUGUUGUACUGUACAUUUCAACUGAUGAUCUGUGUAGAAUAUUUCUGUUGUACUGACUGGGUGGUAACAGUCAAUAAUUGUCUAUAAGUUUCUUAAGUGAAAAAGAAAAUGUGAGACCCUCUAAGGUGUGUACGUGUAUUCCAGUCUUCAUGUGGUUUUACAUUUCACUAACAAAAUUAAUAUUAUAGGUGGGAAGGAGAGGAGGGUGUGGGGGCAAUCAAAAUGUACCUAUGUGCUGAAUGAGUCUCUGCUUUUAUUAAAGGCUGGAUUCAGUUGUAUAUUCAAUUGUAUACAUGCAUCCACCACUUCCUCAAGGGGAAGGAAUUUCUUAACACAUCUUUACUGCAGCCUUGUGAUCUAUACUCCCACUGUAGCAGCAAAAUGUUCAGUACACAGGCAGCAUUAAAAAUGUUUUUCUUCCUCUUUCUGUCCUCUGCCUGAUACAUAUUCUGCUUGCUAAGGAUCAUUUCUGUGUUUUCCCCAUCCAUCCACUAUUCAUUCAUGUCCCUGAGCAUUUCCUGUGGUGUGUGUCGCAGCCACUCAAACUUCAUGGUGUCUGAAUUUCCCCAAUGCUGCUCCUAAAGGCCGAGCAACAACAGAGACAAAGAAUAAAUGUCUUCAUACUGCUGCACCAGGAUAUGACUGCAGAGUUUGAUUCUGGAAUGUGCCAGGGUACUGUCAGUCAGGUCACUGAUGGACACGAUUACCAAAAUGAGGGCCAGUGAGGAUCCAGUCAUGCUGAGAAUUAUGGUCCAAAGUGAUGCAGCCCAAGUAGAAACCAGUGGGAAAUAGGAGGUGAUAUAGAAGAUGGAAUAUAAAUUAAUGUGACAGCUGUUUGAGAAACACUGAUGUGUGCAGCUGCAGCAAGAUAUGCUAUCACUGUUUUCAUGAUUUAUCUGCAUGCUGAAAGCCUGUUUCAUGAUCUUUCACAGGCUUAUAUAUUUCUUUCUCUUCAAGUAGUACUUUAAUUUCUCUUUCAACUUUGAUUGCCAGCCACCGGUGCUAUGUGAUGUUUCUUAUUUCUAGAAUCAGGAUUUAAUUUUCUAGAAAGUGCCCGAAGACCAUCCAGUCACCAUCUGUGAGAUGCUGAAGGGGAUAUCUGUUGUCUGCUAGGAGAUUCUUCAUCCUUCAUAAACAUAAGUAGUCAGUGGUACACCAGUCAAGACAAAGAAAGAUGCUUAGGAGCACACAGGCCCAUUGAUCUCAGCAUCAGGCAUGAAACAAGCCAGCAGGAGUCCUCCACUUUGUUCUGGCAUUUCCCAUAAUUUUUCUCUAGCAGACAAAGUGUUAGCCUUAGAAAACAAAAGUAGAAUUCCCCUCAAGCUGGUACACCCUCACAGCCAUAAACAGUUUUGUUGUUGUGUGGUUUGUUUGUUUUUUUUUACGCUAUGAGGCAGAUUUAAAAAAAAAAAGAGCUGUAGUCCUCAGUGCCCUGAAGCCACGUGCCAGCCACUCUGCCUCUGACAGAGGAGCUGCUUUAUCAGGUGUGCUGGGAUCCAGUCAGACUGUCUGACUCACCCUGACAGAAAUGCCCUUGUCUUCUUCCUCUUUACAGGUCUCCAGUUUCUUGUGUUUUGGUUUUGUUAUUUUUUUCAGCAGGAAGAGAAUCUCAUUCUAAACAGAACUCUGAGCCUGGAGUCAGACAGUCAGCUGUUAAUGUGUGGAAGGAUUUCUGGUGGAGGAGAGCAAAAUGGAUGUGACAAGAUCUUUCAUGCCCCUUUACAACACAACCGUAAAUUCAACGAGUGAAUGUUGCGAAGUGCAAGAAGAACAUGAAUAUGAAAAAUCCCCUCCCAGACCUCCAAAUGAUAUAUACCUGAAUGUGCUGGAGGAGACAACAAAUGUCUAUGUAAAUGAAGAUCAAGGAAAACACUUCAGAACAGGAAUCCAAAAACAAGAAAAGGCCCCACGGGUGAAGAAGCCCAGAACAGAGCCACCUGUGACAGAAUCCAUUUAUGAAAAUCACCCUCCCUCUUGCUGAGAGAAAAGUACAAAGUGAUGGCUGGGACCAGAAAUAUCAGACACCAUUUUCAGGACACCACAGGUCCCACAGCUGUGUUUCAAGAACAAGAGAGCUUUGUAUUUGUGUGUUCUUGAAAUUUUGGAGGGUUGGACAGGGACAUUGUGAGGGGAAAGAACCUGAUUGAGAUUCAGCCUCUGAGUGGCUCAGAGAUACUCUCCUCAUUUGGGGAGUAUGAAAACUGUCCGGGAGAGGUGGCUUUACUAUCCUCCAAUGUUUAACAUACUCCGUUUUAAUAAAGAACAUGUAAGUCCUCGUA